UUUUAAACAAUAGCCGUAUCCAAGAGAUACCCCCAACAAACAGCGUCCAUGGUAACCAAUAACAGCACAGCAGCGGACUUCUAUGAAGAAACAAUCAACCUGUUUUAGUUUACAGCUAUGGCUUUACCAUUCCUACCUGGCUACUGUCCCAAUAAACAACUGGGGAUGGAAAGAUUUCACAAAUCCCAGCAUUUCAGCGAUUCCCAUGGAAUCCCUAUGUUUGUGGGAUCUGCAAAGCCAGGCAUUGGAGGAGAGCUGCUAGCUGGCCAGGAGAUUAAACCAAAGUAUUCUGUUAACCCCAAAGGACAGGGCAGUGAUUUACCAUCCUGGAUAGUCUUUGACAAACAGGUUUUGUGUUUUGAAGCUUACUUUCAGGAGGCUGUGCCUGACGCCCGGGAUGAGACGUACAGAAUCAGGAGGUGUAAGAUCUACUUCUACCUGGAAGAUGACACCAUACAGGUGGUGGAGCCAGAGUACAAGAACAGUGGCAUCCCUCAAGGAACACUUAUUCGACGCCAGCGUGUCCCACUACCUCCCCCAGAUGAUGACCAGUUUUACAAUAUUUUCCAUUUCAACAUCAACCAGCAGAUGGUGCUGUACUCACGUUCAUUCACGUUGACCAACUGUGACUCUUUUACAAGGAAUUUUCUCACAAAACUCGGGGUGCGGCUCAAUGACUGUGUCACUAUACCUGAUGACCCCUACAGCAACCUCCGGGAACAGAUUGAGAAAAAUAUGAAGCCACUUCGGCCGUAUGAGAGGUGUGACACACUGAAGCAGUACCUGGAACAUGACCGUAAAGUCCUGUGCUUCAACUGCUUUUGGGACGACACAGAGAGUGUGUUUGGGGACGUCCGGGAGCUCAUACUGCAUUACUUCCUGGCUGAUGACACCAUAGAGAUCUGUGAGGUUAUUCCGCCAAACUCUGGGAGAGAUGUGUCCAAGUUCUUACGCCGUAGCAAACUACUGAAGUGUGCACCAGCCCAAUUGAAGCAGCCUGGAGAGAUCACGGACCGCACUGUGCUGAAUGUGUUUGAUUCUUCGACUCAGGGAAAACGCUACAUACUGGACAGCCUCAAAACAGGAGCAGUCCAUGAAGACUUCUAUAAGGACUGUGAUCUGACUGUGGGCGGGGAGGUAAAUGUGUGGGGAAGGAAAGUGAUCAUUGCUGAUUGUGAUGAGUUCACCAAAGACUAUUACCGCACCAAAUACGGAAUAGACGACUUCACCUCAGUGCAGUACAAAGCUCCCCCAGUCCCUAAGCCCUCAAGGACUGUCCCCCCCUACAAUGGCUUUGGCUCAGAGGAAGACUCGCUAAGCUCCUGCCAGGGCCUGCUGCCCAAGCCCCCACAGAAAGACCUCCGCAAAUUUAUGGAGAAAGACAGAUGUGGCCUGGACAGUAAUGUGCUGAAUUUCCAUGCCAAGAUGGUGACCACUGAUCCAGUUGACAGCAACAGGGCAUUCAUCAUCUCCUUCUACCUCUGUGAUGACUCCAUCAGUGUGUUUGAACGGCCACAGAGGAACUCAGGUGUGCUUGGUGGUAAGUUUCUGGCACGAGGCCGUGUGAAGAAGCCAGGCCAGGAGCUGUUUAAGAGAGAGCUGCCUAAGUACUUUGCCGCUCAGGAUUUAUACGUUGGAGCUACACUCUGCCUCAACAAUAAGAACUUCCAACUUCUGCAUGCUGAUGAAUACACCUUCAACUACAUGGAGCAGCAUCCCGAGGAGUUCCCCAAAGCCAAUGUGGGCAACAUCCUCGGUAAGCUACGUUCCAUUCCAGAGGAGAAACAGAGGGAGAUCGGGAAGUUUCUGGCUCUCUGUGACCCCAACAACACUGGCUUCAUCCCCUAUGAGUCAUUCAGGGGCCUACUGAUGGGCCUGGAGUGCGGUCUGACAGAGCAUGAGGUGCUGGUGCUCGGCCGAAGUUGCUCAGAGCAUGAGCAGCCUGGGGUGGAUGUGGGCCUGAUGCUGGCUGUGGCCCAGGACUUCCUCAAGAAAAACGUCUUUGAAGAGCUCCCUGACAUGGCCAGAGCCUUCACAUACCACGACCGUCACAAGACGGGCCGUCUUUCCACCAAAGAGACAUGGACCAUCUGCAAGGCCUUCCGGCUUCCUCUGCCUGAGAACCUGCUGGGAGGUCUGCUCAACAAGUUUGCAGAUAGGGACACGAUUGACUACCAUGCUCUCCUGGCUGGUAUUAACUGGAUGGAGCACCCUGCUCCCCCAGUAAUGCCUGAAGACAUCUUAAAGUUUGCUGUGAAAGCGAGGUUUGACGCCGGUGGACCGACAGUGAAUAACGUAAAGUACCCCUCACUUCUGGGGGAUUUAUUCAACUUUCCCUCCAACAACAGUGACCCAACAACUGCAGUCUCAACAUAGACACAAUGUGCCUGUCAAACACUCACAAUACUUGUUCCUCAAUUAAAGAACAUCAGCUAAACAG